AUGUCGGGAUUUGAUGAUAACCCAUUUGCAGAUUCGUCCAAUGUCAACCCUUUCCAAGUAAGAACCUUUAAUUCCACAGAGUUGAUACAAAGUUGCUGCUAACUUUUAACCAAGAUUUGCUAAAAAGUAACACAAAGAAACCUGUCGGGUGUGUUCUGGGUUUGUCUUAAUUCAGGCGACGUGGCAUGAUUGACAAAGCUUCAGCCACUAAUUUGUCAUUGUCUGCAAAUGAGGGUGGGGUUUCGCCGUUCUCUCAGAUACAGGAAGUUGCAAAUGUGGCUAAAAUUGCACAUUUGAUAAAGGAAAUAGUUUACAAACUGAUAAGACUGGUCUACUACUCUUUCUCAACAUCAUAUGGAAUUCCACAAGUUAGCUAGCACGCCAUGGCAUAGGCUAUACGUUCUUAGGGUAGGCUACUGUCAGUGAACACGUUGUCUGUCUCAUCUGUUUUUCAUGAACCUCAACCUACAGAAUUCAGUUUACCUUAAAAUGGGGAACAACCUGAACUCAGGGAUAGACGUAACAUAGUAAAUGUAAAUCCAAGACACUCCAUUGGUAUGAUAGGUUACGUUUCAUAUGUUUUAAUUUGUGGAUGUCCAUCAUCCAUUUUGUAUGACAUGUUACGAAUUUGCAAAGCAUAUGAUAUGUUACAAAUUCCAAUUUGUUGUGGCAACAUUAGCAAGGUUGCUAACACCAGAGAUAUUAGAGAAAGGAGGUGAUAGGAACCCAAUUGGGCAAUGAAUGGAGGAAUAUAUAUAUAUAUAUAUAUAUAUAUAUAUAUAUAUAUAUAUAUAUAUAUAUAUAUAUAAUGCCCCAACCAGCAGACUAUCGACCAAUCGCGUUCACGUUGUCAUGCUGCGUCAUGCAGUUGCUAAGAUAAUCGUCACGCAAUCCCUUCUCAAAGUCAUGGUAUGAGUCGAGAAACGUGCCUAUUUUCCUCGAAAGUACGUAAUGUCACGAUUCCAAAGCUAUACAAUAUUACAGAUGGCAACUUAAUUAUCUCACAUCUCAGAAAAUAUUUGUAAUGUUGUAUUUCUUGUUGAUAAAAUUCAUGCUAAUGUUGGGUUUUUGAGCUAGCGCCCAAUUGACUCCCAUUCACUCCUUGAAGGAGAACUCUCCUUGUCCCAGAAUUGCCCAGAAUAGACCGCAUGGCCCAUUGACGUAGCAUGGGCAACAUAAAUAAUGGCCGUUAAUACAAUUCCAAUGGAGUUUCCCAUCUCUUCUGAAGUAUCUUUGCUAACACUAACAUUAGCUAGGUGGCUAAUGUUAGCGAGGCGAAGGGUUAGCUAAAAAAAAGUACCUUAAAAAGUAGUAAGAAGUUGCUAAAGUUGCCUGUGAUGAGAUUCAUGAUGAAAUAACAUAUAAUUCUACACUGAACAAAAAUAUAAACGCAACGAUUUCAAAGAUUUGACUGAGUUACAGGUCAUAUAAGGAAAUCAGUCAAUUUAAAUAAAUUCAUUAGGCCGUAAUCUAUGGAUUUCUGGUAAUACAGAUAUGCAUCUGUUGGUCACAGAUACCUUAAGAAAAAGGUAGGGUUGUGGAUCAGAAAGCCAGUCAGUAUCGGGUGUGACCACCAUUUGCCUCAUGCAGCGUGACACAUAUCCUUCACAUAGAGUUGAUCAGGCUGUUGAUUGUGACCUGUGGAAUGUUGUCCCACUCCUCUUCAAUGGCUGUGCGAAGUUGCUGGAUAUUGGCGGGAACUGGAACAUGCUGUCGUACACGUCGAUCCAGAGCAUCCCAAACAGGCUCAAUGGGUGACAUGUCUGGUGAGUGUGCAGGCCAUGGAAGAACUAGGACAUUUUCAGCUUCCAGGAAUUGUGUACAGAUCCUUGCGACAUGGGGCAGUGCAUUAUCAUGCUGAAAUAUGAGGUGAUGGCGGCGGAUGAAUGGCAUGGCAAUGGGCCUCAGGAUCUCGUCACGGUAUCGCUGUGCAUUCAAAUUACCAUAGAUAAAAUGCUAUUGUGUUCGUUGUUCUUAGCUUAUGCCUGCCCAUACCAUAACUCCACCUCCACCAUGGGGCACUCUGUUCACAACGUUGUCAUCAGCAUACCGCUCAACCACACAAAGCCAUUCUCCAGCAUGCCAGUGGCCAUCGAAGGUCACCAGUUGCCCACUGAAGUCGGUUACGACGCCGAACUGCAGUCAGGUCAAGACUCUGGUGAGGACGACGAGCACGCAGAUGAGCUUCCCUGAGAUGGUUUCAGACAGUUUGUGCAGAAAUUCUUUGGUUGUGCAAACCCACAGUUUCAUCAGCUGUCCGGGUGGCUGGUCUCAAGACGAUCCCGCAGGUGAAGAAGCCGGAUGUGGAGGUCCUGGGCUGGCGUGGUUACACGUGGUCUGUGGUUGUGAGGCUGGUUAGAUGUACUGCCAAAUUCUCUAAAACAACUUUGGAUGCGGCUUAUGGUAGAGAAAUGAACAUAAAAUUAUCUGGCAACAGCUCUGGUAGACAUUCUUGCAGUCAGCAUGCCAAUUGCACACUCCUUCAAAACUUGAGACAUCUGUGGCAUUGUGUUGUGUGACAAAACUGCACAUUUUAGAUUGGCCUUUUAUUGUCCCCAGCACAAGGUGCACCUGUGUAAUGAUCAUGCUGUUUAAUCAGCUUCUUGAUAUGUCACACCUGUCAGGUGGAUGGAUUAUCUUGACAAAGGAGAAAUGCUCACUAACAGGGAUGUAAACAAAUUUGUGCAAAACAUUUCAGAGAAAUCUGCUUUUUGUGCGUAUGAAACAUUUCUGUGAUAUUUUAUUUCAGCUCAUGAAACAUGAGACCAACACUUUGCAUGUUGUGUUUAAUAUUUUUGUUCAGUGAAAUUGUAGUGUCCUGGAUGUAUGUCUACUGUACUAUGUUACGUCUAGUUUGAGAACAGGCUGUGGGGACUGACUUCAUAGCUUCCAUGAUGUCUAGACUGUAGGUCUACAGUUCAGCUGCACCUUUUACAAAGGGCCUAUCUCUCUAUAGACCUCAACAAAAUUAAUUGAACAAGCCUAUGGUCACACUGACCAUCAAGGAAGUGUGAGAGGGGUAAGCUGGACAAACUCAAUUGCACAUCAGCCAGCUAGCAUAUAGGCUAGGCAUGAAUAUACAUUCUCUGUUCGAUCAAGAGCAGUAGGCUGAAUUUGUCCGAAUGUAGGCUACAGAUCUUGCAACAUUGCAAAACUCUGUAAUGUUUCCUGUGACUGCUAUGUAGAGUAGAGCAAACGUCUUCUAUUGGCUAGAGCCACAGCUGGUAAAUCCAUUAAACAGUAGGCUGGUUGCGUAGUCCCAUUUGAGUAUUGUACAGUAUAUAAUAACAAUACUUCUGCAUAUAGGAUGCUGCAUACUGUAGUGUACAAUACUAAUUUUCAGUACUUUUGCCAUUAUUGGGUAUUUUUCUGUAGACUAGAUGUUAAACAUAGUAAAUAUUUUCAGAAUAUAAAGUUAAAACAUAGUUAACAUAAAGACAAGCAGUACAGCUAAGUGAAUACAGAGCGUGGUACAGAGCGUGGUACAGAGCGUGGUACAGAGCGUGGUACAGAGCGUGGUACAGAGCGUGGUACAGAGCGUGGUACAGAGCGUGGUACAGAGUGUGGUACAGAAGGAGGGAGGCUGAGCCAGAGUCAGGACAUGGCACUUUGGAAUGGGCCUGCUCAUUCUCACUAUGUGUGGGAAAUAUACACUAUGCAUGAAAACAGUACAUGUCUGAGAAUUGAGACAUGAGGCAAUGCAUAAGGAAUGUCUUAAAUGUAUAUGGUUGAGAAUGGGUUAUCGACCUGCCAUGUUUAAACCAUAUUGAAGUAUCGAUUUGAUAUGUUUUGGAAUAAACAGAGCAGAGCCAGGAGAUGGCUCUGUUAUUUUUUACAUGAGAAAGCUUGGUUCUGCCACUAUCGUUGUCAAGUGAAAUACAUAGGAGGAGGAGUAGUCAGAUUUCGCCACUAUCAUAAAUUAAGAGAGUGGGCGGAGCGGUCAAAAGAUGAAAGCUUGGAAACAAUGGUGGAGGAACUAAGCUGGGAGGGUUUAAGCCAGGGGUGUCAAACGUCCGGCCCGCGCGAAAAAUGGUCAUCCUAUUUAUUCACGGAAUUGAAUGGGAAAGCUAUAUGUUUGGUGUGUUCAGAGCAUGUUGCAGUGCUGAAAGAAUAUAUCCUUUGUCGCCACUUUGUGAGUCUUCAUGCUGACAAAUAUGACAACUUUCAAGGACAGCGGAGAUGAGAGAAGGUGAAUGAACUGUUGGCGGGUCUGAAGAAACAGCAGUCUGUGUUUACUCACAGCCGAGACAUCAGUGACGCUGCAGUGAAAGCUAGCUACCUCAUUGCUAAUGAAAUCGCAGUGGCUUCAAAACCAUUUAGUGAGGGUGAAUUUGUAAAAACAUGCAUGAUGAAGGCAGCAGAGAUUGUGUGCCCUGAAAAGCGGCAGGCUUUUGCAAAUAUCAGCCUGACAAGAAACACAGUUGCAGACAGGAUUUCCGAUCUUUCAGUGGAUUUGGACAGCCAGUUGAAGCAAAAAGUAAAUUCAUUUAUUGCGUUUUCGGUUGCAAUUGAUGAAAGCACGGACAUUACAGAUGUUGCACAACUGGCCAUUUUCAUCCGCGGAGUUGAUGACACAUUGACCGUCACCGACAGCAGCUGAUAUUUUUACAGCACUCGUCGGCGCGCUGGACAGGGUCGGAGUGGACUGGUCCCGCGCUGUCAGCCUGGCUACAGAUGGUGCGCCCUCAAUGAUCGGGAAAAAAGCAGGCGUUGUGACAAAGUUCAGAGAGAAAGUGCAUUCUGCAAAUGGAGGAUGUGAUUUUUUUGACUUUUCAUUGUAUUUUGCACCAGGAGGCUUUGUGUUGCAAGUCAUUAAAGAUGGAUAACGUCAUGAAGGUGGUCAUCCAAACUGUUAAUUUCAUCCGAUCCAGAAGCCUGAAUCACCGUCAGUUUGACAGCCUUCUCAGAGAGAAAGACCACAUCUAUGGCCUGCCAUACCACACUGAGGUAAGAUGGUUAAGCCGAGGUGCUGUGCUGAGGCGUUUCUUUGAUUUACGAGAAGAAAUUGAACAGUUCAUGGAAGAAAAGGGCAAACCAGUGUUAGAAUUUCAUUCCUCAGAAUGGAUGCAGGACCUUGCAUUUAUGGUGGAUGUUACAGAGCACCUGAAUAACUUGAACAAACAGCUGCAAGGGCGCAACAAAGUUGUCACGCAGUAUUAUGACAGCAUACGUUCUUUCAAGUUGAAGCUGUCAUUGUGGGAGACGCAACUUGCCGGUGGUGAUGCAGCUCACUUCCCCUGUCUGAAAAAUGUGUGCGCGACCCAACAUGUGGCGGACAUGAAGCGGUUCAAAGAUAAAAUAACGGGACUGUUACGGGAGUUUGAGCAACGCUUUCAGAUUUAUGUUUAUAUGUUUUUAUGUUGAUGUGCUAUUGUUUUUAAUAGAUUUUUAUUUUAUUUGUAUAUUUAACCUAUUCUUGACUCUGUGGUUCUUGCACUUGUUUGGGGAACAGGAUUUCAUUAUUUUUUAUCUACAUUUCUGCCUGAGAAAUGACACCCUGAUAUAGUUCUGUGAUCUGUGAUAUACUUCUGUGAAUCACUGAGGCAUUGUGUGUUUGUGUGUUCUUUGUCCUCAGAACUUUCAAAUAACUUGAGGUGUUUUAUGAUUAAUAGUGAUGUUGUGCUUUUGGACACUGUCCUCAGGCUCCAGCUUUAUGUUUAUAUGUUUUUAUGUUGAUGUGCUAUUGUUUUUAAUUGAUUUUAUUUUAUUUGUAUAUUUAACCAAUUCUUUACUCUGUGGUUCUUGCACUUGUUUGGGGAACAGGAUUUCAUUAUUUUUAUCUACAUUUCUGCCUGAGAAAUGACACCCUGAUAUAGUUCUGUGAUCUGUGAAACAGUUCUGUUAAUCACUGAGGCAUUGUGUGUUUGUGUUCUUUUUCUUUAGAAUUUUCAAAUAAACUUGAUGUGUAUUAUGAUUAAUAGUGAUGUUGUGCUUGUACUAUUUUGGACACACUGUCCUCAGGCUCCAGCUUUAUGUUGUAUGUUGAUCGUAUUAAAACAAAGAAAACAAUCUGAAGUUGUUGUUUUUAAGUUAUAUAUACCAUGAUUUUUCCGGUCCGGCCCACUUGGGAAUAGAUUUUCCUCCAUGUGGCCCCUGAGCUAAAAUGAGUUUGACACCCCUGGUUUAAGCUAAUAAGUAUGUAAAAUGAGCAGGAAUAGAACUGUAUAUAAACUGAGGGCUGAGUGUUGGGAAGGCAGUUGUUCUGCAGACCAGCUCGACUUUUGUUGCUUUGUGUAAUAAAGUCUAUCUUGAUUCUACAAAAACUUUGGAAGAACUUUGAUUUUUAAUAAGUAUAGUGAUAAAUGUCUACGACACUAUCAUUUAAAGGACUGGCCUAGUGUGUAAUCUUGACAGAAUGCAAAAUCUAGGCUUAAUAAAUCAUAUCCACUGUUGAAAUCAAAACUUACAGAAAACAAAUACCAAGUAGGCUGUAUAGCAUGCUCUGUUUGCUACUUUUACUGUGAAAAACAGUAUUACUGUAACCACGUCAUAUUUUGAUUUAGACCUACAAUUACUUCAAUGGUAGCUAGUAGUUGCAAAGCAAUCGCUCUUACUGUAGUUUCACUGUCUCUAGUGCACAAUGGUACUGACUGUUUGCUUACAGGGUGUGUAUGCGCCUGAACAAAUAGCUCAGCCUAUGUCUGAUAUUGCAAUUCUGGGCAUUAUUACUCAAUGAUGAUGAGGAUAUGACGUCUGACUUGCCGGUGGAUUAGAUAUGAGUUUACCUUAGCUGUGGGCUUGUCGAACUGGAAAACCUUGGUAAUCAUUGGUGACCACACACACACACACACACACACACUGCCAGGGUAGCCUAUAAAGGAAUGCCUGGUGUGACAUUGUCAAAGCUUACUUUCUAAUAGGCUACUGGGCUAGUUCACUGGUUUCUCUAUAGAGAACACCACACCCUUGUUGUUAUUACUGCAUUGUUCAGAGAGCAUCCCUUCUGGUAUUUCUUGUUUGUUAGGCCUAUACCUUAUUAUCAUUAUUAGGUUUAUGUAUGUUUGUACCAUCAUCAUUUGUUUCCCAAACUACCUCAAACAUACAGUGCAUUCGGAAAGUAUUCAGACCCCUUGACUUUUCCCACAUUUUGUUAUGUUGCAGCCUUAUUCUAAAAUGUUCUCUUCAAUCUACACACAAUACCCCAUAAUGACAAAGCAAAAACAGGUUUUUAGAAAUGUUGCAUGUAUAAAAAUAAAAACGACUGAAAUAUCAUAUUUACAUAAGUAUUCAGACCCUUUACUCAGUACUUUCUUGAAGCACCUUUGGCAGCGAUUACAGCCUUGAGACUUCUUGGGUGUGACGCUACAAGCUUGGCACACCUGUAUUUGAGGAGUUUCUCCCAUUCAUCUCUGCAGAUCCUUUCAAGCUCUGUCAGGUUGGAUGGGGAGCGUCGCUGCACAGCUAUUUUCAGGUCUCUCCAGAGAUGUUCCAUCUGGUUCAAGUCCGGGCUCUGGCUGGGCCACUCAAGGACAUUCAGAGACUUGUCCCGAAGCCACUCCUGCGUUGUCUUGGCUGUGUGCUUAGGGUCGUUGUCCUGUUGGAUGGUGAACCUUUGCCCCAGUCUGAGGUCCUGAGCGCUCUGGGGCAGGUUUUCAUCAAGGAACUCUCUGUACUUUGCUCUGUUAAUCUUUCCCUCGAUCCUGACUAGUCUCCCAGUCCCUGCAGCUGAAAAACAUCCCCACAGCAUGAUGCUGCCACCACCAUGCUUCACCGUAGGGAUGGUGCAAGGUUUCCUCCAGACGUGAUGCUUGGCAUUCAGGCAAAAUAGAUCAAUCUUGGUUUCAUCAGACCAGAGAAUCUUGUUUCUCAUGGUCUGAGAGUCUUUAGGUGCCUUUUGGCAAACUCCAAGCGGGCUGUCAUGUGCCUUUUUAACUGAUGAGUGGCUUCCGUCUGGCCACUCUACCAUAAAGGCGAGAUUGUUGUCCUUCUGGAAGAUUCUCCCAUCUCCACAGAGGAGCUCUGGAGCUCUGUCAGAGUGACCAUUGGGUUCUUGGUCACCUCCCUGACCAAAGCCCUUCUCCCCUGAUUGCUCAGUUUGGCCGGGCGGCCAGCUCUAGGAAGAGUGUUGGUGGUUCCAAACUUCUUACAUUUAAGAAUGAUGGAGGCCACUGUGUUCUUGGAACUUCAAUGCUGCAGAAAUGUUUUUGGUACCCUUCCCCAGAUCUGUGCCUUGACACAAUCCUGUCUCGGAGCUCUACAGACAAUUCCUUCAACCUCAUUGCUUGGUUUUUGCUCUGACAUGCACUGUCAACUGUGGGACCUUUUAUAUAGACAGGUGUGGGCCUAUCCAAAUCAUGUCCAAUCAAUAGAAUUCACCACAGGUGGACUCCAAUCAAGUUGUAGAAACAUCUCAAGGAUGAUCAAUGGAAAUAUGAUGCACCUGAGCUCAAUUUCCAGUCUCAUAGCAAAGGGUCUAAAUACUUCUAUAAAUAAGGUAUUUCUGUUUUUUAUUUGUAAUACAUUUGCAAACAUUUCUAAAAACCUGUUUUCGCUUUGUCAUUAUGGGGUAUUGUGUGUAGAUUGAUGAGGAAAACAUUUUUUAAAAUCUAUUUUAGAAUAAGGCUGUAACGAAUGUGGAAAAAGGGAAGGGGUCUGAAUACUUUCUGAAUGCAAUGUAUCCAUAUUUUUGGUCCCCAAUGAAUACCAAGGUUUGCCAUCUAUUUAAUUGAUUGAAUUCUUAAAUGGCAGGGAUGUCUCUUCAUCCUUCUUGGGAAAGCUGCCAGGUGUGUCAAUAGAGCUCCUGAUGGCUACUACGCAAGUCAGAGUAUAAGGCCUAUGUGUCACAUGACUUCAUGACCUCGUGUGACACAUUAUCAUGUGCUGAGAGCAGACUGACUCUCACCUGUUCAUAUCAACCCCCAUGUCUAUUCUGGAUUUUGUUUGUCUGUAUUACUCUGCUCUCAGACCUUGAGUCAAUGGGCCUUUUACUUUAAGUUUACUUAACGGUCCCGUAAAGAGAGGCUAACAUCAAUACUUCGUCCUUAAAAUCGUAUACAACAAUCUUAGUGCUCUCUUCCCCUCAACCCUAUUUGAUAAGAGUCAAUUCAUGUUUAGCACUGCUUUCUUCAUACAGCUGUUAAUCAACGAUUCCAAAUGGCACUCUAGUGCACUACUAUUGAUCAGAGUAGUGCACUAUGUAGGGGAUAGGGUGCCAUUUGGGACGGAGCCCAUGUUAUGAAUGAUUUAUCAAAGGCAUGUUAUUACUGUGGUUAAUGACAAAAACCUCAGCUUUCUUUCCAUGGUAGUUUGGCCUACUUAGUAAUAAAGAGAUGCGAUUUCUGAUGCCCACUGAAAUAUCAAGUCAAACUGGACUCAGGGUUGAAUGUGGUUGUCCCUGACUUACCUUUUGAUACUUUUUUUUACUUCAGGAAAUGAAACUUCUUGAGCUAUUCGACCUCUUGAAAUAUCACAAAAAUGCAUAAGCAGUCUCUUUAAAUGAGCUCUGAUAUGAAAGGCAACAGUCCAUAUGUCACAUGAACAAUGCCAUUGUUGCAGCGCAAUCUUUCCUGCGAUGGAUUGAUAGGCCUAUUAGAUGAGGCAAUUAUGUUGAACGUAAUAAUAAGAUUGAGCGGAGUGUUGCAUAUUGGCAUUUCCAUCUAAAAGGACCCAUGAGCACCAACGUGAAGUUUAUAGGAGUAUGUCAAAUAAAAGCUAAGAGUCUUUUUAUUUUUGAGAAAUUAAGGCACAUAUAAAUGUUUUAAACAUUUUCAAUCCAAAAAAUUAGGAAUAAGCAAAGGCUUAGAUUUUUGGUCAAACAGAUGGAUAAGGGGUUAUCUACCAGAAAAAGUCUUAACAUUUAUUAGAAAUGCAUCAAAACACAAAUUUUGAAAUAAAGACCCCCGGCAAUUAAUAUCAACACGUAUAUUUGUUUUUGGAGAAAUUAUUUAACUUCUGUAAAUUCAAGAAACAUUGCCUUGUAAUUCCGUUACCAGAAACCCACAUAAGAUAUUUUCUAAUUUCUCUGAAGGUAGACCUACCCAUUAGUUUUAGUGUUUUUACUGAUAUCAAGUUUGUUUGUUUAUUAUUUAAGUGAUUUAAAAAUUGUAAUUCUGUUACCAAAUUGGUAACUGAAUUAUCGAAAGAUCAGUAUUGGAAUUACUGCAACUGAAUUGGCUACAAUGGGAAAUCAUAGUAGUCACAUACCACAGUUGGGUAACUUGCUACUGUCCUCCGUUCCACUUGUAUACUGUUAUGUUCAGCUCAUAACUGUGUUUUUUUUCCUCUUUCUUUCUGGUGGUCAAAGCAAGACUGUGAAAACACACACAGAGAGAGAGAUUGUCCAGACUCUCUCUCCAGUUAAUAUCACACCUACCAGCUCUUACUGACACCUACCAGCUCUUACUGACACCUCCCAGCUCUUACUGACACCUACCAGCUCUUACAGACACCUACCAGCUCUUACUGACACCUACCAGCUCUUACUGACACCUACCAGCUCUUACUGACACCUCCCAGCUCUUACUGACACCUACCAGCUCUUACUGACACCUACCAGCUCUUACUGACACCUCCCAGCUCUUACUGACACCUACCAGCUCUUACUGACACCUCCCAGCUCUUACUGACACCUACCAGCUCUUACUGACACCUACCAGCUCUAACUGACACCUACCAGCUCUUACUGACAACUACCAGCUCUUACUGACACCUACCAGCUCUUACUGACACCUACCGUCUUUCCAUUUACUGUAACAAGCAUCCUCACCCACUGAGCACCGACCGACCCUGGACAUCCAUGGACGUUGAAAUUUGGUCAGUCCGCCCUGGCCGGACCAAAUUUCAACCAAUCAUGGACGUCUAUAUUUCUCAAAUUUGUAAAGAAAAGUAGAGUGCAGUACAGUAGAGUACAGCAUAUUGUACUGUACUUAACAUAUCUACUGUACUAUAGUGUACUCUACUGUGCUGUAAUGUCCAAACAUGUGAAACAUAGAUGUCUAUGAUUGUUUCCGAUUUGGUCUGGUCCAGACCAACCAAAUGUAGUCUUGUUUGGGGGCGGAGCUCAUUACAAUAAUAGCCAGUGUGUAGAAUAAUACCUUAUAUAUGCAAAAAAAGGAUAUUGCAUAUUUCUACCUUUGUGUACCUAUUCAGGAUGCAUCACCAUGAAGAUAAUUAUAUAUCCAUAAUUAUGCAUUUCUGUAUAGUACAGAUCAGGGACCCAUGAUGUAAUUCCGUUACCAGAUGUAAAUCCACUUCACCUACUAUAGUUCAAUAACCAAAACCAUUUUUUUCAAACCCAAGGUGUCAUGUCAUAGCUGACACCCCAUUCUUUCUGCAGACAUCUUUGAAUCUUAAUUCAGAUAAGAUAUUUAACAGAGUUUUUGGAAAACGUAUUGGCAUAAAAUUAUGCAGCUGUACAAUUCUUCCAAUAAAUGUGUUUUUGUGAAAUUCUGUGUAAAUUGUUCAAAGUAGUCCCUGUGCAUAGAGUUGUAUAGUUUGUUAAACUUUGAAAUCAAUUGUUUUUGUGUGGCAUAUAUUUUAAAGUGAAAAAUCUUGAGUCGAAGCAUAACUGUGGAAUUGCCCAUAUAAUGAAGAGCAAUUUGUUGUUUUGUUUCAGGAUCCCUCAGUUACACAAGUGACCAACUCUGGUGUAGACCACAUUGAGCAAUUUAACCCUUUCCCAGACCAUCAGACGGUAAGAUUACCUGUUGUUUACCCUGGCAUGAACGCACGCACACACAGACACUCUAUAAUACAACAAACCAAACAACUCACUGAUCAAAACUACAGUAACUGAUGUUGAAUAGAUUGAUGCCCAUUUGAUCACAGAUUACAGUAUUGUAUGUUGGUGUUUGUCCCACCUUUUUUUGGUCUGCCAUGUGUAUUUCCUGUUUCAGGCUGGCCUAUCAGGGCCCACCAUUCCGGCCUCCAAGAACCCUUCCCAGCCUGCCGUGCUCCAGCCAUCCACAGAUCCCAGCCCAAAGGUCAGUGAUGGUGCUUGUCACUAGUUUACUAUGAAACCAAAAGCCAUCAAUGUCUUCACAUGAGACUCUCUACCUUUCCAUACUGAUUUGAAGAAGCUAUAUGGAACUUUUUGCUUCUGGGGGUGCCAAAAGGGGUUCCCUAAAUGGACAGGUGUAUAUAGUCCAGAAAUUACCUCAGUGGACAGAAAAGGGACACCCACCUCUCCCAUGAGCAAACUCAUAUAUUGUUUGCCUAAAACUAUUUGUGUGGUUUCAUGAGAUAAGUAAUUGAUUAAGUUAAUAUUAUAUCAUACAUGCAUGUGAACCAUACAGCCAACGUUCAAGCCAAAAUGUGACCUAUCCUCUCUCCCCUCCUGGAAUGCAGGCCACGGCAGCUGCAGCCCAGACCAGCCUGCUGAGGCAGCAGGAGGAGCUGGAGAGGAAGGCUGCAGACCUGGAUCGCAGAGAGCAGGAACUUCAGAGCAGGGGUGCCUCCACAGGUCACUCCCAUUCUCUCUAUUCUCUCCCUAUACAUGGGACACCUUAUACACUUCUCACCUUCUACCUUUGAAGAUAUCCUACCUUCUCAGAAAGUUUCGGGUCAAUUUCAAUUCAAACAAUUCAGGAAGUUACUUCCUGAAUAGACGGAGUUGAAAUGGAAUUGACCCCCAACCCUGCCUCUCAGACACCAAUCCUUACCUCUACAGCAGGGAUGGGGUCAAUGUCCACUUCAUUUCAGUCAAACCAGGAAGUGAAUAGAAAUUCUAAUUCAUGAAUGGAAAGAUGAGGAUCAACCAGGAUACAUUUAAAAUUAUUGCAAUGGAGCUGUUGGAAAAAGUGAUUGAUGACAUGUUAAAUCAAUGAAUUUCUAUUUUAAUAGGCAAAGAAAACAACUGGCCACCUCUUCCCAAGGUCUUUCCCAUUAAGCCUUGCUUCUACCAGGACUUCUCAGAGGAGAUUCCCCUGGAGUACCAGAGGGUCUGCAAGAUGAUUUACUAUCUGUGGAUGUGUAAGUACACUGUGUGUGCGUAUGCAUGCAUGCAGUACUACCACAGAGACUGGUUUGUUACUUUGUUAAAUACCGCAAAGAUGCUGACUUAAGGUAUAUUGUAAUGUGAAGCACUGCCCCCCCCUAAUACCCCCUAGAGUCGAUAUCCGCGCGGAAAUCGAAUGACCAAAAUCUGUCAGUUUAAGCUAGAGAUGUCUCAAUCCACCACAUCCGCCGAUGUCGAAGGUGGCAGAGCUACAGCGGUGUUUGUCAGACCAGGAUACAUCCCGAAAAUCGGUCUUCUCAUGAAAACGGCUGCAGAGUCUGAACAGUUUGGGCUAUUUUCACGGGUCUCGUCUGAAGUCGGUACUGCCGAUGUGCCCACUUCUGUCUGUAGCAUCCGAACGGUUUGGGCUACAAACUAAUAUGACUCCACCAUUGAAAGCUGACACUUUCAUGAACACGUACAGGUUUUGCUCUACAACGCCCACAAGACUCGUCUGAAGCUAACCCGGUACAGGGAUGAAAAAUGUAUGUUUUUCCAUGUAUGGAUCUGUUAUUCAAUGUGAUUCUAUGGGCUAAUUGCAGUCAGGCCAAAUUCAAUGUUUCAUCAAAUAUUUAUUUAUUUAUUAUAUUUUUAUACCUACAGGGGCCAUAAAAUUCUAAAUCAAAUGGCUAAAUGAUCCAUGGUAUGACACUCUUAAAACAAUUCCAUAUGUUAGCCCCCCCCCCCCCCCCCCCCCCCCGCCCAGGCUUAGACUGCGUUUUAAAGUGUUGGUUGCCAUUGUGAGUGUCUUUGUCAGUGUGACUAAUGUACUAUGUGAAGGGAACAGGAGGAAUGCGUUUCAUAACAAAGCUAACUAUCUUGUUAUUGUACAUGCAAGACCAGUGCAUAGAGCUAAAUUGAACUAAGCCAUGAUGUACAUCCACAAUCUAUAUCUGUGGCCUUAUAGGCUUUUCCUGGUAUGCACAGAGCCAGCAUGGUUUUGUUACAGAGAAAUGCAAAGCAAGAGGCCGUUUCUUUUUCUUUUUUUUUACAGGACAACAUUGCCGUAUUUGUUAUAAGUUAGAACAGCUCUUAUGAAUGCUGAUAUAUUGGCAUUGGGUUUCUUUUGUAAGAAGAUCUAAAUAAUCUGAGCCUAUAAGAAUUGAGAGAAAAUGUUAUGAAUUGAUUUGCAUUUUAAUGAGGGAAAUAAGUAUUUGACCCCCUCUCAAUCAGAAAGAUUUCUGGCUCCCAGGUGUCUUUUAUACAGGUAACGAGCUGAGAUUAGGAGCACACUCUUAAAGGGAGUGCUCCUAAUCUCAGUUUGUUACCUGUAUAAAAGACACCUGUCCACAGAAGCAAUCAAUCAACCAGAUUCCAAACUCCCCACCAUGGCCAAGACCAAAGAGCUCUCCAAUGAUGUCAGGGACAAGAUUGUAGACCUACACAAGGCUGGAAUGGGCUACAAGACCAUCGCCAAACAGCUUGGUGAGAAGGUCCAACAGUUGGUGCGAUUAUUCGCAAAUGGAAGAAACACAAAAGAACUGUCAAUCUCCCUCAGCCUGGGGCUCCAUGCAAGAUCUCACCUCGUGGAGUUACAAUGAUCAUGAGAACGGUGAGGAAUCAGCCCAGAACUACACGGGAGGAUCUUGUCAAUGAUCUCAAGGCAGCUGGGACCAUAGUCACCAAGAAAACAAUUGGUAACACACUACGCUGUGAAGGACUGAAAUCCUGCAGCGCCCGCAAGGUCCCCCUGCUCAAAAAAGCACAUAUACAGGCCCGUCUGAAGUUUGCCAAUGAACAUCUGAAUGAUUCAGAGGAGAACUGGGUGAAAGUCAGAUGAGACCAAAAUGGAGCUCUUUUGCAUCAACUCAACUCGCUGUGUUUGGAGGAGGAGGAAUGCUGCCUAUGACCCCAAGAACACCAUCCCCACCGUCAAACAUGGAGGUGGAAACAUUAUGCCUUGGGGGUGUUUUUCUGCUAAGGGCACAGGACAACUUCACCGCAUCAAAGGGACGAUGGACAGGGCCAUGUACCGUCAAACCUUGGGUGAGAACCUCCUUCCCUCAGCCAGGGCAUUGAAAAUGGGUCGUGGAUGGGUAUUCCAGCAUGACAAUGACCCAAAACACACGGCCAAGGCAACAAAGGAGUGGCUCAAGAAGUAGCACAUUAAGGUCCUGGAGUGGCCUAGCCAGUCUCCAGACCUUAAUCCCAUAGAAAAUCUGUGGAGGGAGCUGAAGGUUCGAGUUGCCAAAUGUCAGCCUCGAAACCUUAAUGACUUGGAGAAGAUCUGCAAAGAGGAGUGGGACAAAAUCCCUCCUGAUAUGUGUGCAAACCUGGUGGCCAACUACAAGAAACGUCUGACCUCUGUGAUUGCCAACAAGGGUUUUGCCACCAAGGACUAAGUCAAUUUAUAACAUUUUUGACAUGCGUUUUUCUGGAUUUUUUUUACUGUUAUUCUGUCUCUCACUGUUCAAAUAAACCUACCAUUAAAAUUAUAGACUGAUCAUGUCUUUGUCAGUGGGCAAACAUACAAAAUCAGCAGGGGAUCAAAUACUUUUUUCUCUCACUGUACAUGAUAAUGGAUUGCAUUUCUUAAGCACUUUUCACCAUCUCUCAGCUUUACAUUGUUUCACGGUCUCCCUUCAUGAUGUUCAUAAGGGCAUGCAACAGAAUUUUUUUUAAAGCAUUUUGCAACGGAAAACAAAAAUGAGACCAGGUCGCCCCACCAUGUUUCAGUCAGUUUUCUUCCGUUUGGUGCCUACUGAACACAACCCUCUCUCUCCCUCCCUCCAGUCCAUUGUGUGACACUGUUCCUCAACCUGCUGGCAUGUUUGGCCUACUUCACCGCGGAUGCCACGUACGGCGUGGACUUUGGCCUGUCCAUCCUCUGGUUCAUCCUGUUCGCCCCCUGCUCCUUCCUCUGCUGGUACAGACCUGUCUACAAGGCCUUCAAGUGAGUACCAGGAUUGACUGACCUACUGUUGAGAUGCAGACAAUUAUGUAAUAGCUUAAAGGGACAGUUUUCCAGUUUUUAACCCCAAUCUCAAUUAAUUUCUUACCAGGUUUGCAUAUAGCACAUUUUGGCAUCCAAUUUGUUUGCAUGGCACUGGUGGACAACAUUUAACAUUGCACAGUGUUGUAGGAAGGUUAACAUAUAUAGUAGGUUCACUAGGCUGGCUUGGCACAGAUGGGGAAAUACUUGCAAUAGAAAUGGUUUACUGUUUUUUAUUUGUCAGUAUUGACUUUCAUGCUCAGUAGUGCAAUGAUCAUGACAUUUUGAUGUUGAUGGCAUCCUGUCCAAUAGCCAAAUACCUGUAAGGGACGGACCAAGCAGCAGACACGGAGGCACAGAGUAGUGUGCAAAAUGAAGGGUUUUACUUCCCAAAGGACUGCCUGAUUCUGUUAUUGAAUUGACAUCCAAUGUGAGUUCGCUCAACCCUGUGUGCUCUCUCUCACUUCAUUGCAGGUCGGACAGCUCCUUCAAUUUCUUCUUCUUCUUCUUUGCGUUCUUCUGCCAAGUGGUGUUAUUCGUCAUCCAGUCUGUGGGCAUCCCCAAGUGGGGAAACAGGUGGGUCUGAGGGACAGGUCUGAGUGAAUGGGACACUAUGGAUGUCUUUUUUUUGCAUGUCUUCAAUCUGUACAGUGGCUUGUGAAAGUAUUCACCCCCCUUGGCAUAUUUUUUUCUAUUUUGUUGCCUUACAACCUGGAAUUAAAAUAUAUUUUUUGGGGGUUUGUAUCAUUUGAUUUACACAACAUGCCUACCACUUUGAAGAUGCCAAAUAUUUUUUAUUGUGAAACAAACAAGAAAUAAGACAAAAAAACUACUUGAGCGUGCAUAACUAUUCAAAGUCAAUACUUUGUGGAGCCACCUUUUGCAGCAAUUAUAGCUGUAAGUCUAUAAGCUUGGCACAUCUAGCCACUGGGAGUUUUGCCCAUUCUUCAAGGCAAAACUGCUCCAGCUCCUUCAAGUUGGAUGGGUUCCGCUGGUGUACAGCAAUCUUUAAGUCAUACCACAGAUUCUCAAUUGGAUUGAGGUCUGGGCAUUGACUAGGCCAUUCCAAGAUAUAUAAAUGUUUCCCUUUAAACCACUCAAGUGUUGCUUUAGCAGUAUGCUUAGGGUCAUUGUCCUGCUGGAAGGUAAACCACCGUCCCAGUCUAAAAUCUCUGGAAGACUGAAACAGGUUUCCCUCAAGAAUUUCCCUGUAUUUAGCGCCAUCAUCAAUUCUGACCAGUUUCCCAGUCCCUGCCGAUGGAAAAACAUCCCCACAGCAUGAUGCUGCCACCACCAUGCUUCACUGUGGGGAUGGUGUUCUCGGGGUGAUGAGAGGUGUUGGGUUUGCGCCUGACAUAGGGUUUUCCUUGAUGGCCAAAAAGCUCAAUUUUAGUCUCAUCUGACCAGAGUACCAUCUUCCAUAUGUUUGGGGAGUCUCCCACAUGCCUUUUGGCGAACACCAAACAUGUUUGCUUAUUUUUUUCUUUAAGCAAUGGCUUUUUUCAGGCCACUCUUCCGUAAAGCCUAGCUCUGUGGAGUGUACGGCUUAGUGGUCCUAUGGACAGAUACUCCAAUCUCUGCUGUGGAGCUUUGCAGCUCCUUCAGAGUUAUCUUUGGUCUCUUUGUUGCAUCUCUGAUUAAUGCCCUCCUUGCCUGGUUCCUGAGUUUUGGUGGGCGGCUCUCUCUUGGCAGGUUUGUUGUGGUACCAUAUUCUUUCCAUUUUUAAAUAAUGGAUUUAAUGGUGCUCCGUGGGAUGUUCAAAGUUUCAGAUAUAUUUUUAUAACCCAACCCUGAUCUGUACCACAACUUUGUCCCUGACCUGUUUGGAGAGCUCCUUGGUCUUCAUGGUGCUGCUUGCUUGGUUGUGCCCCUUGUUUAGUGGUGUUGCAGACUCUGGGGCCUUUCAGAACAGGUGUGUGUAUAUAUACUGAGAUCAUGUGACACUUAGAUUGUGCACAGGUGGACUUUAUUUAACUAAUUAUGUGACUUCUGAAGGUAAUUGGUUGCACCAGAUCUUAUUUAGGGGCUUCAUAGCAAAUGGGGUGAAUACAUAUGCACGCACCACUUUUCCGUAAUUUACUUUUUUUCAUUUCACUUCACCAAUUUUGACUAUUUUGUGUAUGUCCAUUACUUGAAAUCCAAAUAAAAAUCCAUUAAAUUACAGGUUGUAAUGCAACAAAAUAGGAAGAACGGCAAGGGGGAUGAAUACUUUUGCAAGGCACUGUAUGUGUGGGGUGGAGGGGGGUUGUGUGUGCACGUAUGUGUUUUUGUGCAUGCCUGUGUGUAUGUGCCAAUGUUUGUUUGCGCCUGUUUGUGUGCCUUUGUGUGUACGAAAGUGUACGUGCCAGUCUUUGAGAUUUCUCUCCAUCUCUCUUUUUCUCACCCGAUCUCCGAUCUCCACUCUCACUCUUCUUGUCAUGUCUUUGACAGAUGCCUUCCUAGUAGCGUCUAGCCCGCUGGCUGUCUCUCUUUCCUCCUGAUGACUCCUCUGUAAGUGAGAGGCUUUGGCUCCUUUUGCUCUUCCUGUAGUAACUCUUCUCUCCUGGCCCUCUUCCAAUACUACAACCCCAUCCAGAAACAACCACUAGCCCCCUGCUACAUCUUCAGUGUCGGCAGAUCUGAGGAAUUAGGAUAGAUGGGUGUAAGCAAAAUGGUGCUGUCUCUACCUAGACUCCCCACAGGACAUAGGGGACCGUUCUCCAUAUUGCUUAUACUUACUGUAUCUGUUUGUUUAGGUCGGCAAAGGGGAUGUUUCUGGAACGUUCUAGAAAAUGCAUCCUUCUUUUCUCCCUUUUGGUGUAAUCACCGAUCUCUUUGUCGCUGGAUAAAUGACAGUGCCUUCACCAGUCCAACAAUCUGGUCAGAUCUAUGAGGGAGGAAAAUGCACUUGUACAGAAUUCGAAAAGAGGGAGAAUAUAAAUGGCAUUUGCUUGAUUCCUUGCGUCCUCUUUCCUCACCUCCCUCUCAGAACCCAUCGGAUGAGAAGGUCAGGAAUCAUGGAAAUACAAUUGAGAUUCUCCCAAGGCCUCUGUCUUUUUUUACUUCCUUCUAUCCAUCUGUUUAGUUCUGCUUUCCUUUGUCUGAUUAAACAUAAAGCUUCUUAUUCUGUGUCCAAUUUGGCUCUUAGUCAGAAUGCUGUAUGUUGCUGAGGAUGACCUCCAGGAGGUUCAUUGUCUAAAGUGAAUUGCUUAGUACAAUCUAGCGGAACUUAACAGAUGCAUUGCUGUGAAAUAGUUGAUAAGUUAAUAUAAUUGAUCUGAAAUCUGAAAAUAUUUGUCAUAAAUUAAACUCCAACCUUUUUAGACCGCCCCAUGUUUCAACAAUGAAAUAAAGUAUUUGGGGAAAUGAUAUAAAUAUUGUGAAUGUAAACCAUAGAAUAGUUAAAUGGUGAACGUAAUACAUUUUAUAACAUAAUUUCAUAGGACAAUACAUUCACAUAUUAGACUAAAUGAAACUAAUUACCCUAUAUUGAUCCCUCGCUUUGAUUCCAGUGGUUGGAUCGCCUCGUUCACCAUCAUCGGCACCAACAAGGCAGUGGGAGCCAUCAUGAUCGUGGUGGCCUGCUUCUUUACCACCUGCGCUGUGCUGUCAAUCAUCCUACUGAAGAUGGUAUGUGUAUUAUUUUCAGUAUGACCACAUGACUGUGGUGCUUUACUAUAAACUUGUAUAGACAUGACUACAAAUCCCAUUGUUCACUUCUGUUCAAGCUGCUGUAUACUGUUCUUACUAGAGCACAUGACUGGUACUCUACAUUACUACAAUUGACUACCAUACUAGCUCAGUUUGUGUUCUACAUUCGACAAUAAAGGCUGAUUGCUACAUCCCACUACAAAUUAGGGCCGGGAUGAUACCAGUAUCGCGAUAUUUGGGCAAAAAUGAAGAAAGAAAAACUGCUGUAUGUAAAACCGUGUGUGCUAUAGCUUGGAAAAUAAAUACAUGUGACUCUGGAUGACAACAUAAUGAUGUUUGUUUCAAACAUUAGGGCUGUUUUCCUAAAGAAGUUAAAUCUGCUUCGUGUUUUGUUUCCUUGCCACGAUACUAACGAGUAUCGCGACACUGGUAUCGUCCCAGCCCUACUACAAAUACCAUAGUUCAUUGCACUUCCACCUCUAUAUAGAAUCUAUAGACCCUAAUGCCUGAGUCUCCUCCUUUCCCAGGUGCACAGCAUGUACCGUCGUACCGGGGCCAGCUUCCAGAAGGCCCAGCAGGAGUUCUCCCAGGGUGUGCUCACCAACAAGUCCUUCCAGACGGCCGCCACCUCCGCAGCCUCCUCCGCCGCCUCCGGAGCCUUUCAGGGGAACAACUAGACCCAGGCCGGGCUAACUUAACCCCCAGAUACAUCCCCUCUUCCAUCCAUCCAACCCCCACCACCACUGCACCACCUUUCUGGGAUGGGGAUGGAUCCCCCACACCCUGCUGUCAUCAAUCCCUUAUAGGUCCCACCAUGGAGCCUCAGUCGAAGAAACCACCAUUGACUUAACCACCAGUCUGUCUGCUGGGGCUUCGGUAAGGCCUGAUCUGGUAUCUGUUUUUUAAUAUAUGAGCUGUGGUCACCUGACAGCAAAAAAAGGGCACUUGAGUAGGAAACUGUCCCCACUCCCCACUGUGCUUUUUCAGAAUGGAAAGCAUGAAGUCGAAUGGUUGCGAAUCUUGCGAUGUUAUUCAGUAUAUGUGCACUUUCUUUGCAAUGCCCUUUGUUCGUGUAUGUGUGGAUGUUCUCUUUUAGCUAUGCUCUCCGGCGUGGAUGUGUGUGAAAGUUUCCCCUGGUUGUGUCAUAAAGAAGAUGGCGUGUUUUGUUUGCCUUAUGCUUGUUGUCAAUUCAGUCUUUGUAUAUUCCUCUUGCAUGUCUGACUGUUGUAAAGUAACCACCUGUUGGGACUCCAACAAUGGUGGCUUUUCAGCAUCCUUUAAUUUCAAUUUGCCAAUGAAGAGAAUGAGUGUUGCUUUCAGUAGGGUGAUACCUGAAUGAAAAUAAUCAUGUAUAAAGUUUAGUUUAGCCUGUACUCAGUCUAGAAAGACUACGAUAAUCACCUAGGUUAGUAGUUACCCGGGCUACUGUAAUUAUUAAAUGCACAUUUGCCAUUAUACUUACAAAUCACCUCAAACUAACGUGCCUUCAGAUUUACACCAUUCCAUUAGGGUAGUUCUCGUCAAAAUGAGGUACUUUGUUUUCAAUCAGCCUUCUGUAUUUGUCUGCGUAUUGGCUUUGGCAAUGAGAGACUGGUGUUGUGUAAGAAUGGGUUGAAUAUAGGUUGGUUUGUCAGCAUAGACUGUCCCAUACAACUUAAAGGGACAGUUCACCCCGAAACCAAAGUUUGUUUGUCGUUUUCAUACCCUCAAAGUGGUCUAUUUCACGAUGUCUGUGAUCCCACUACACAUGCAUUCUAAGAAAUGUGUCGGCCUCAAUCUCAAACCAAUGGAAACAAUGGGUAUCUUAGUACAGAUAGUAUGGAAUAGACUCUGUUUACAUUUAAAGGCCCACUCUGUGAUACCACUUUUACGGUAUGAUGGCAUAUGGCAAACUUGGAUUUUGGAGUGGACCGCCUUGACCAAAGCCUUGACUAGUGCCUUUGUGAGGUGUCAUCUCUCGAGUUUGCAUCUGUUGCCAUUGGUUCCUACGGUAACCAAGCCUUAACCAAAUAAUGGGAAAAAAUACGUAAUUAAAGAAGAAUUUAAAGAAAUUAUGAGACAAAUAUUUUUUUCACAUUGUCCUCUCCAACACGGUUCAGGCAACCAUAGUGGAUGCGUAACCAGGCCAGUGCAGUACAUCUUGGCUCAGCUCAGUAGUGUGAAAAAGGUAUCAAUUAGAUUGACAUUCCUAAUCCAACCUACAAAUGAUUGCUCGAUUGUAUUCUAUGGAUUUGCCACUAAGACUGAACAUGUGAACAAUGAGAAAUAGCUUUAUGCUCCAAUUUUUGAUUUUUAAAAUAUUCUUCAGAGGGGAAGUGGUUGUCAGUCAAAGCUGGAUAAAGUAGUGCUGAGUGGUAAAAAUAAAUAAAUCAAUAAAUCCGAUAUUUCUUAAUAACCAGGUUUCCAUCCAAACAUUUUUAUGC